CCUCGAUCCCAGCAGCUUCCCCCGAGCCCUGGUAGCUCCUCCUGCCCCCGGCAGACCCCCACCCCCCGGGGACUCCCCUAUCCCAGCAGACCCUCGCCCUCCCGCGACCCCCCGAUCCUGCAGACCCCCACCCCCCGGCGGCUCCCCAAUCCCGGCAGACCCCCGCCCCCCCGCGAGACUCCGAUCCCGGCAAACCCCCGCCCCCCGGCGGCCCCGGGCGCGGAGCCUGGCCGGGAUGGACCGGGAGACGCGCGUGUUCGCCGAGAGCUACUUCCGAGGCCUCCGGGGGCGUCCCCCUGGCGGGGUGGCCCCGGCCUGCGUGGACUUCAUCGCGGAGCCGGCCUCCUUCUCCUACGCCGACUUCUUCAGGGGCUACCUGCUGCCCAACCUGCCGUGCGUCUUCUCUAGCGCCUUCACCGCGGGCUGGGGCAGCAGGCGGCGCUGGGUGACGGCCGGCGGGCAGCCCGACUUCGACCACCUGCUUCGGACCUACGGAGACGUGGUCGUGCCUGUUGCGAACUGCGGGGUCCGGGAAUACAACUCGAACCCCAAAGAGCACAUGCCCCUGAGAGACUACAUCAGCUACUGGAAAGAGUACAUCCAGGGGGGCCACUCGUCCCCGCGGGGCUGCCUCUACCUCAAAGACUGGCACCUGUGCAGGGACUCCUCGGCAGAGGGCGUGUUCACUCUGCCCGUGUACUUCUCGUCCGACUGGCUCAAUGAGUACUGGGACGCCCUGGGCGUGGACGACUACCGCUUCAUCUACAUGGGGCCUGCCGGCACCUGGUCGCCAUUCCAUGCCGACAUCUUCCGCUCCUUCAGCUGGUCCGUCAACAUAUGCGGGAGAAAAAAGUGGUUCUUCUUCCCACCAGGGCAAGAGGAAGCCCUGCGGGAUUGCUAUGGUGGCCUGCCCUACGACGUGACCUCUCCCACACUCCUCGACAGCCGCCUGUACCCCAUGCGCGAGCACUGCAGCCCACCGCUGGAGGUCACGCAGGAGGCAGGCGAGAUGGUCUUUGUGCCCAGCGGGUGGCACCACCAAGUUCACAACCUGGAGGACACCAUCUCCAUCAACCACAACUGGGUCAACGGUUGUAACCUGGCCAACAUGUGGCACUUCCUGCAGCAGGAGCUCUGUGCCGUACAGCAGGAGGUCAUCGAGUGGAGGGACACCAUGCCCGACUGGCACCACCACUGCCAGGUCAUCAUGAGGUCCUGCUCUGGGAUUAAUUUUGAAGAAUUUUACCACUUCCUCAAAGUCAUCGCUGAAAGGAGGCUUCACCUUCUGGUGAAGGGGACAGGCCCUGGAGAGGUGGAGGACGGCAAGGGCGCCGAGCUGGGCCCCCAGCAGGCGACUUUCGACGUCGGACGGAUUGCCGAGGUGCUGGCAUCCGUGGUGGCCCACCCCGACUUCCAGAGAGUGGACACCAGCAUGUUCUCACCGCAGCCAGAGGAGCUCCUCAAGCAGCUGGAGGAGGUUGUGGCCACCACUGCAUCCCUUUAGUGUUUGCUGCAAGGAUCAGCAAGACACGUCCUGACGGGACCCUCGAGGCACUGGUGUGGAAGGCAGUUGCCCUGCUCCAGGGUCCUUUUGGAAAUACAGCUUUAUCCUCCCGUGUGGCCUGGGACACGUCACCUCCCCAUUGAGCCUUGUCACUUCAGCGUCCCAGGCACAGUUCCUGCUCUUAUGGGGUCUCAUACUGUCCUGGCUGUCCGUUGGCAUCCUUGGGACCCUGGUGCCUGUCCAGAGGGUCCAGGCUCCUUGUCCUCGUGAGGCCCGGCCAGGACUUGGAACUCUGGAUCCAGUGAGGGGAGGGUGGGGAGGUGUUGGUAAGUUGGACCUGCGGCCAGGAGGCCGGGAACGUGCUGGGGGCUCAGGAGUCAGGGUGGCCACACCUGCUGUUUGCCAUCCAGGGUCAUUUUGCAAGCAUCGUUUGAUUCAUCAACCACUCUUUGCACACUCAACCUGCCCUGUCCAACUUCCAAACCUUGCACAUCACCUCUGUGCCAAGCAAAAAUCAAUCAUUGCACAGUGUUCUAUUGUUUAAACUCUGCACACUUUUCUGCACCAUCUGCUUUCCACUCUUUGCACACCUAGUGCCACUCCGGUAGUCACGGUUUUAGUGUUCUCCAGAGAAAUGGAGCCAAUGGGAUAUGUGUGGAGAGAGAUGUUGGGAGCUGGUGUGAGGUCUGCAGGGCAGGCUGGAGACCCAGGGAAGAGCUGAUGUGCAGUCUUGGCUCCGAAGGCUGAGCACUUGGGCACAGUUUCUGUAUGCAAUCUAGAGGCAGAAUUGCUGCUGCUUUGGGAACCUCGGUCCUUGCUCUUAAGGCCUUCAGCUGACUGGAUGAGGCCCCCGCACAUGAUGGAAGGCAAUCUGCUCUACUCAGAGUCUGCCAAAUUAAAUGUUAAUCACAUCUAAACAAUGCCUUCACAGCGACAUACAGACUGGCAUUGACCAGACCACUGGGCACCAUGGCCUGGCCGCGUCGGCACAUGCGAUUGACCAUCAUCAUCACUCCCCACAUGUUUUCUGGGAUUUAGCGGUCACUCGUCCAUCCAGCACCUCUCCGACGUUCGGCAGUGUCUGCCUGCACGCUUGCUGUGGGCGAUUCAACAGCCACUUGUGCACUCAUGCUGCACCAUCGACUUCCACACCUGCCCACACACUGCCAUUUUACAGUCGCUCUUUGCACACUUCCCUGAGUGUUUUUCAACCACUGUUUCAGCAUGCUGUGUGAUUAAACUACUCUUUGCACACUCACUGGGUUGGGCAACCACCCUUUGCACAUGUUCUGUACCAUCCAACUUCCUUUAUUUGCAUGCCCACUCUGCCAUUUAAUCACUCCUUGCAGACUUGCUGUGUGUAGUUCAAACGCCAAUGUCUACGUCAUUCUCCGGCUUCACACUUUGCACACCCAUUAUUCACCAAAGUCACUGUUCACACACUCGCCAUAUGCAGUUCAACAAAGAAUCUAUGCAUGUGCAUUUUGCUCGGUCCAGCUUUCAGUCCAACAUGCCCUCUGCUGCAUUUAACAAUUGCUCCUCCUGUGCUCACCCUCAAACUUUUGACUCUCAAACACCCACUGUGUGCUAUUCAACAAUGUUGUUGCGCACUCACUGUGCAAGAGUCGCUCUGAACACUCACUGGGGCCAGGUUAGCAACCACUCUUCACCUUUCUGCUCCUUCCAGCUCCCACUCCUGCAUAGCCAUUGUGUGCCAUUUGACAGUUCUUGCAUACUCACUGUGCAAAUCAGUAACCACUCUUUGCACAGUAGGUCAAUUCAUCACUCUUCCCUUGCACAUUAAUUCUGCACCACCCACUAAGCCAUCAAUGAUCAACUUCACAAUCACGACGUGAUCCAACAACCACUUGCUCUGUUUCACUCUAUCCUAUGUCCACUUCUUGCACACCCACUUGCAUUCAGCAGUAUCUCCUUGCACAAUCCCUCUGGGCCUGGCAGAGGUGAGCCCUGCUAUAUGUCUGGGUGACACUUGUGGCCAUUGGGGAGGAGGGGGACAACUCAGAAUUGUCCCACAGUUCAUCUGGCUCUUAUCUUUACGGGCUGUGUACUCAGGGGGUGUUGAAAAUACUGAACAGGCUGGAGGCUCUGCUGCGCCUACUGUUGGCCCUUUGGUUCCCGAUCCUGGGGAAGCCCCAGGAGGGCACUCGAUGAGCUCAGGCAGUAUGUUUCCCACCCGGACUGGAAGCCUUCCAGUAUUUAGCUAGUAAUGCUGUGUCCAUACUGCCCAUGGACCCUCAGCCAUCAGGCUGCGUCUUCCAGCCCUUCCCUUGGGAAAUGUUCACACCCCAUGACGUUCAUCGGGCCCAGCUAGAGAAGAGUGACCGUGGUGUGUCUGGCGGGGGCUGGGGCCGGCUAGGGCAUUUCUGGUUAAAACGGUUAUACUAGGCAUUGCUGGGAAGCCCAUGGAGUGAAGCCCAGCUGUUGGCCUCAACUCGGCACCACAAAUCUUUCCCCUGCAUAAGAAAUAAGCAGGAAAAGGAAUUGUGAGGUCAGAGACAGGAUCCCGAGAGGAUUCAAAUCCAGGUUUGGGCCCCCGAGGGGGACUGAGAAUGGAAAGUCCCACCUGCCAGCCCUCAGUCCAUUUGCUGAUGGUCUUCCUCUGGCUUGUCCUUCCACAUGGGAUGUUCCUAUCUGUUUUACAAUUUUCCCCGCUUAGGGCUGAUGGAAUUCCAGAGUUUGACCUUGGAAACUACAGUUUCCCGACUGGUGGUCAAAAGAUACCUCAGCAAAAGAAGCAGAAAAUGUUCCCUCUUCCUCCCAAAUGGGAAGGCAGCCACUGUCCUGGGGCAGGAGGUGGUCUUGGCAGGUGUUCCUAUGGAAGACGCCCACGUGUCAGUGGUUGUGGCUCUCCCUGUGGAAGUACCUUCAGCCUCUGAACCCCAGGAGUUCUGGGGGACUGUGAGCUCCUUAUCUGGUUUAAUGGUGCUGAAGCAAAUGUGUCCACUGAGGGGGCGUGGGCAUGUCCUUCAGCAGCUAGAGAGGAGAGGCUGGCUCUUCUCACUUCUCCCACCUAAAAUAAAUGGAUGGCCCUGCAAGGCUUCUUAUGGAACGAGGAACGAGCGAGUCUGUGUCACAUUUCAACACAGGAAAUGAAAGAACAAAACCACAACUCCCAGGCUCUAGUAGAAACAGGAUUUUAGUAUAGUAUUCAAGUGUAGCCUUUGC